AUGUCGAAUGUCAUCCGCGAUGUGCACACCAGGUACAGUUAUAAUACUAUCUUUAGUGACAUAUGCAAGACUCGUUUUAAUAAUAUGAUUGUGAGGUUUUUCCUCAGUAUAACAUUUAUCCAAACUCUAUUGAUUACGUUAGCGUCACGAUACAAUGCUUCAUGGAUACAAGGGAUAUUAUUAUUCUUUCCUAAAUAUUUGGCGUUAUAUUUUGUCGCUAUAUGUUUAAUAAUAAGCAGAAAAAAUUUCCUACACGUCAAUUCUUUGGGUUAUUCAAGCUUCGUGACUCAAAUUGUUGGUGGGGUUUGUUCUUUUAAAGCCAUUGUCUAUUAUGUAACAUAUUCUGUCUGCAGUAUAAUGUUAGGAAAUAGCAUCGGUGAUAAUAGAAUCCUUUACUCUUUGUCCUUCCAUAAUAUUGAAAACUAUAGAUUAUAUACAUGGUUCCUAAUACCUUUGGUAUACACCGUACAACAUGUCUUUUUCGAUGCAGACAAGUUGACUUUCAGUAUCGAUUCACAAUAUCAAGCUCCACAACAAUAUAUUACUUUGAGAUUAGAAAAAAUCUUAAUUAAAAGUUCAGUAUUAUCUGUAAUUUUAUUAUUGGCUGCUCCACUUACAUAUAAAACACUUGGAUGGUCUAUGUUUUUACCAAUCAUUACACAAAUUCAAUUAUUGAUUUUAUCAUUCAUAUUGUUUCUACAAUUUGAAAUUAUAAAUGUUACUUUCAAUGCCCAUAUGUCUAUUGGUUGCUUACAUAAAGGGAAACCAAUCUCAUCAUUAUCUCCUUCUCCAAUAGAGACUUUAGUGAGUGGAUUAAGUAGUAAGAAACCAUUUACCAAAUUAACUGCAUUUCAAGAAUUAUCAUACAGAGCUACAUCUAACGAUACAUCUUUGAGAUUACCAAUAUAUUCCAGUCAAAUGAAAAAUACAAAUCCAUGGUCAAAUAUUUUAACUGAAUGUAUAAGAGUCAUUCAAACUAAUAACAUUACAGUUAACAAUUAUUUGACUUCAUUGGAGAAUACAAUGUCUAAAAAUAAGAGAUUACAAAAGGAUACAUUAAGAAAAGGCUCUCUUGAUGAACACGAAUCGGAUAUAUUUGGUAAUCAACCAUUUGCUACUAAUAAAGAGUUCAAUACUGAUUAUCCAUCAAAUGUUUCCUUCGAUAGCAAUAUUAAUGGUGUAAAUGCUCAUAGAAUUUCUUUACAUGAUGAUAAUAUAUUAUUGAACAGAAGAAAGAAUAGUUCAUAUUAUAACCAACACAGUUUUUCAAAUAUGGGAUCAAACAAUUUGAGUGGUCUUGAUGCUUACCGUUCUUACAAUGAAACUAUCAUUACCAGAGACCCCAAGAUAAUUAUCUUAAUUAAGACUAUCAUUAAUAAAAUUAAAAAUUCCAUUGUAUCAUUUUUCUUUCCAGCCAGUUCUAAUAAUAAGGAUUCACAAUUACCUCAAUUAACAUUAUUUGAUCUUUGGUAUUUGAGUAAAGAGAGACAAGCAGAAAAAUUAAUCCCAUUAGCAGUAUGCCAUAUGGAAAGUAUUGUUUCAUUAAUGGGAUUUCUGAUAAAAGCUAUUGAUGAAUCACCAAAGGGUAGCGUUGUUGCUUCUGUCGGUGAAGUAUUAAAACAUUUAGAGAAAUCUGUGGCCAUAUUGGGGAAAUUCAAUGAGUGGAGACCAGAGAGUAACACCAGUGGAGUGACUUCUAAAAUGAAUGGAGAAGAUGAAUCUACGAAAUCCAAUGAUGUGAUAUCUUUAUUAUAUGAAUUAUCAAUCAGCGCAUUCUUGGAGAUUGUACUAAAAUAUAACGUAUUAUUAAAUGAUGUUUACUUAGAUGAGGAUGUCAUUAAACUAAGCAAAUGGGUAUUAGACAUGUGUGCAGAAGAACAAGACACAAUCUCCACCACUCACUACUAA